UUUCAAAUUGUUAAAAUUAGAAUCAUUUGAAUCAGCCGAAUGUAGAGUGUUACAAUGCCAGCCAACAAUCUGUCUUAUGUGCGGUUAGAGAGCGUAUCCACGCCGCCCUAACAACAAGUUUUCAUGGCAAAAAUCGUGCGCUCAGCAGGUCGCAAUAACUCUAUGCCGCCGCCACGCCACGCCGCUGCCAACGCGAAUAUCAACUGAGACGCCAAAAAUGGGGCCCGUAUUGGAGCGCCGGCUGCGCUUCUAUCUAAGCUUGCUAGAGAGCGCUAAACUAGUCUGUUGCUUUGUUUUGAUAACGCCGGUACGCGUUGAUCUCGUCGCUAUUCGCUGUUGUACUGUUGCAUGGCGUGGCGUUCUUUGCUUUGUUUUGAACAUUCGCAAGUGCAUUCAACUAUUAACUAUAAGUAGAUUAUCUGCUGUAGCAACAACUACAAGCACAUACACUCCCACAUUGCAUUUAUACUGAAUAAUCUGAAAAAAAACGCUAUUAAAUUUAAAAGACAAACAAGUGUUCGGGAACAUUGAACUCAACCGAAUUCAAUCACAAAGUGGUGCUCCAAUUAUGGUAGACUCCACCAGCGUGCUACUCGUAUUCGUCACGCUGCUGACGGGAGUGUUCGUUUGGUCGCGACGAACCUAUGUUUACUGGCAGCGGCGUCGCGUUAAAUUCGUGCAGCCCGUACAUCUGCUGGGCAACCUAAAGGAAGUGCUUUGGCAGCAGACUUCAUUCCCUUUACUGCUGCGCGACUACUACUUUGAUCCGCUCUUCAAGCACGAACCGGUGGUGGGUAUUUACCUCUUCCACCAGCCGGCGCUGCUGAUACGCGACCUGAAUCUGGUACGCCUCAUAUUAGUGGAGGACUUUGUCAGCUUCUCCAUGCGCUUCUCCAAAUGUGACAAACGUGUAGAUAAGUUGGCUGCAAAUAGUUUAUUCUUCGUACGGAAUCCAGAAUGGCGAGAGAUACGGACGCGGCUUUCGCCGGCUUUCACCAGCGGUAAGAUCAAGCAGAUGUUUGCACUCAUGGAGGAGAUCGGCUAUGAUCUCGAGGCUUAUCUGAAGCGCCUCACCGCAAACGGUAACCAACGGCGCAAUGCUGUAGUGAACAUCAAGGAGAUUUGUGAUAUGUACAACACAGAUAUGAUCGCCAGCAUCGCGUUCGGACUGCGCUCGUACAGCCUGCGAAACAAGCAAACUGAAUUGGGAAGCCAUUGUCGUGAAAUGUUUACGCUCACAUUCAGGCGCGUCAUCGAUCUGUGCGUGAUAUUCUUUCUGCCAAAAUUCGUAUCGCUGCUGCGUCGAAAUCUACUCGCACCUGCACACGCGGAAUUCUUGCGUCGCACAGUGCUGCAGGUGAUCGAGGAGCGCGAGCGCAACGGUGAGAUGCGUAAUGAUCUCAUCGAAAUGUUGUUCACACUGAAAAUGGAAGCAGCACUCAAUCAGGAUCACACGCACUUCACCCAUCAGCAAGAUUACUUGGUGGCGCAAGCGGCCAUGUUCGAAUUGACGGGCAUCGAAAGUUGUGCAGCCACAAUGAGUUUUGCGCUCUACGAGCUGGCCAAGCAACCGCUGCUGCAGGCGCGUCUGCGCGCAGAGAUACGACGAACCAUAGGCGGCGGCGGCGGCGCGCAGCCCAGCGACAUUACUUACGAUAAGGUAAUGGGCAUGCAGUACCUGACGAUGGUGGUGGAGGAGACACUGCGCAAGUAUCCGAAUGUGCCGAUUUUGGAGCGUGAAUGCACACCGAUCAAUAAGAAGCGCUUCUAUCCGUUGCGCCCUUACGCCGAAUGCUUUGUGCGACGCGGUAUGCCCGUCUAUAUUUCCAAUCUGGCUAUACAUCACGAUCCACAGUAUUGGCCCGAGCCGGAACGUUUCGAUCCACAGCGCUUUACGCCGGAUAAUCGCAAACUGCAAACGCCUAUGUCUUAUCUGCCGUUUGGCGCGGGGCCGCACAACUGCAUCGGUAUGACCAUAGCACAGCUUCAGAUUAAACUUGGCCUAUUACAUUUUCUGCGCACGCAUCGUGUGGAGAUUUGCGAAAAGACUGUCGACAAUAUUGAAUUCGAUCGAAAAUUCUUGUUAUUGUCUAAUAAAAGCGACAUCUAUUUGAGUGUCGAGAAGUGUUUGUGAUGAUGAAUUGUGAAAAGUUACAACUACGAGAUAAUAGCCGCUGUCGCAUCGUAGAGUAUGUUUGUGUUUGGUAAUAUGUAUGUAGCUGAGCUUUGAUAUCAACACCAAUUUGGCGCUUAUCAUUGGCCGAUAAGAAACUAUCUACAAAAACUUUACAGUAAAGACCAAAGCAACGCUUACGUUGAGCAGCAGCAGGCUUUUUUUCCUAUUUAUUGUUGUUUCUUUUACAAGCCAAUCUAACUUCAUAAUUUAAGGCCAACAUUUUUGUUUUGUAUUUGUAAUUUUUUACCAGUCAGCACUCAUAUGUAUUUGUGAAUUGUAUUUU